AUGAAGAUCUCUCUGUCGUCUUGGCUCGCAGCAGCCUGCCUGUUCCCAACAACUCUUGCGUUCCCUCAAAUGAGCGCUGAGCAGCUCAAGACUUAUCAAGAGCACGCGAAGCGAAGCCAUGUAGCAUGUGCUUACUCCCAAGAAGAGAAGAGGAAUGCAGGUGAAUGCCCCUUUGCGAAGGAGAAGCGAGCUGCGAAGUUCAAUGCCGAGAAACAGCGCAUCAGUGUUUCUGGCGAGCACGAGUUCCUGCCUCCUAAUCUCAAAGCUGGUGAUCAAAGAGGACCCUGCCCUGGACUCAAUGCCUUGGCCAACCAUGGAUACCUUCCGAGAAACGGUGUCGCAGACAUGCAAACUAUCAUCAAGGCUACUAAUGAGGUUUAUGGCAUGAGCCUUGACCUCGGUGGUUUCCUUGCCGUCUAUGGCACUGUCUUCAACGGCAAUCUAGUCUCUCUCAACCCCGGCUACUCUAUCGGGGGUCCAAGCCGCUUCAGUCAGAACAUUCUCAACGGUGGCGGCCUUCUCGGCACUCCAUCUGGCCUCAGCGGUAGUCACAACAAGUAUGAGUCUGAUGUCAGCGCCACAAGAGGAGAUCUCUAUGUGACUGGCAACAACUACCAUGUCAUCCUCGAGCGCUUCGUGGAGUACUGGAAUGCCAUCCGCGAAAACACUCCUGCGCCUGAGCAAUACUCUGCACUUGCACCAUUUCACUACAAGAGCUUCCGAGAUUCGGAAAAGAUCAACAUUCACUUCCUCUAUUCACCCUUUGCCGAAAUCUUAGUCUCGCCGGCUGCGUAUUCCUUCCCUCCUCGCAUGAUGGCUAAUCAUUCCGGUAAGUAUCCCGAGGGAUAUCUUUCGCGUGAGGUCUUUACCAGUUUCUUUGGCGUCAAGGGCAAUAAACCUGGAAACUUCAAAGUCAAUCAGGGUUGGGAGCGCAUCCCGGACCGCCGACCCGUUGAAGACGAGUUUUCCAUUCCUGACUUUCUCGUUGAUGUCCUAGAGCAUGCUGCCAAGUAUCCUCGUCUGUUGAACAUUGGCGGCAACACCGGCAAGGUGAAUUCCUUCUCGGGUGUCGAUAUCGGCGAUCUCACCGGUGGCGUCUUCAACACUGCGAUGCUGUUGAAAGGCGACAAUCUUGAGUGCUUCGUUAUGCAGAUCAUUAUGGCUGCUGCGCCUGAUGUUCUUGGAAGUCAGUUCACUGACGUGACCAAGGCUUUGACGCCGUUGGCGGACAAGCUUCUACAGCCGCUUACUGGGAAGACUUGUCCGAAGCUGCAGAAGGUGAACAUGAAGCUGUUUGAGAAGUUCCCUGGUUACGCUGAGUCGUACGGAAGCUAUGCUGGUGUCUCCAGGGGAUCUCUAGAUGGUGUGAUCGAGGGUGUUGGCGGCAUUCUGGGAGGGCUUGUGACCACUGGAAAUAAGGUAUAG